GAGAGAGUUGAUGAUGAUUAGCUUAAGAAGAAGCUCCCUUCAUCUUCUUCUCCAAUUCCCGGGUUUUUUUCUUUCUCUCCUUCCGAUCACCUGAAACCUUCACCUCCUGUCUGAUUUUCAUAGCAACUUGAUCCGCCGCUUUCAUCUGAAACCACCUCUGUUUUUCUUCCUCUCUCUCUCAAUUCCAAGAAGGUGAAGCCAACAAAGUUACUGCAACUGUUUCCACGACUCUUUGCCUCGCCGUCGGAGUUUUCUCGGUUGGAGCAUUUUCUCUGCGGCGGAAAAGCCAAGUUGCAUAUCUAAUAUUUUAAGCUGAUCGGAAGAUUGGAAAGUGUGGGAGCACGCAGUAUCGAUUCGUUUGCUUGCUUAUGCCAGAUCUGAUAAAUAUAUUGGUUCACCGAAGAUUCAGCAACUUUUGUGAGGUUGAGUAAGUCUGAGUCUCGCUGCGAAUUGUGUCUUUUGAUCAAGCUAAAGAAAGAGAGAGAGAGUUUUCUCGGAGGAGUAGGAAGAAGAUGACGUCGGGGACGAGAAUGCCGACGUGGAGGGAGAGAGAGAACAACAAGAGGAGAGAGAGACGAAGGAGAGCAAUCGCAGCUAAGAUCUUCACCGGAUUGAGAAUGUACGGUAACUACGAGCUUCCAAAGCAUUGCGAUAACAACGAAGUGCUUAAAGCACUCUGCAACGAAGCUGGUUGGAUCGUCGAGCUUGAUGGCACCACUUACCGCAAGGGAUGUAGUAGACCUGUAGAGCGUAUGGAGAUAGGUGGCGGUUCAGCAACCGCUAGUCCUUGCUCCUCUUAUCAGCCAAGUCCAGCCUCUUCCAACUUCAUGAGUCCAGCUUCAUCCUCUUUUGCUAAUCUUACCUCUGGAGAUGGCCAAUCACUCAUCCCAUGGCUGAAACACCUCUCAACAACAUCAUCCUCAUCAGCUUCAUCAUCAUCAAGACUCCCUAAUUACCUCUACAUCCCUGGAGGCUCCAUAAGCGCUCCCGUUACCCCUCCUUUAAGCUCUCCCACUGCUCGCACCCCGAGAAUGAACCCCGAUUGGCAACAACUCAACAACUCCUUCUUUGUCUCUUCAACACCGCCCAGUCCCACCCGACAAAUCAUCCCCGACUCUGAAUGGUUCUCAGGGAUUCAACUAGCACAAAGCGUUCCAGCUUCACCAACGUUUAGCCUCGUCUCACAAAACCCAUUUGGAUUCAAAGAAGAAGCAGCCUCUGCUGCUGGAGGCGGAGGCGGGUCAAGGAUGUGGACACCAGGUCAAAGCGGGACUUGCUCCCCUGCUAUUCCUCCUGGUGCCGACCAGACAGCUGAUGUUCCAAUGUCUGAAGCCGUGGCUCCUCCAGAGUUUGCGUUCGGGAGCAACACAAACGGGUUAGUGAAAGCAUGGGAAGGAGAGAGGAUACACGAGGAGAGUGGUUCGGAUGAUCUCGAACUCACUCUUGGAAACUCAAGCACCAGGUGAUCCCAACCCACCUGUACAUUUUCAAAACUGUUCUUGAUGGUAUGUUUGCUCAGUUUUAUUUCAAUUGUACCUCUUCCCAUGUAAUGUUCGAAGUUGAACACAAAGCUUAUAAUAUUCGUUUAUAUGUCCCCGACCGUGAUCUUCUCGUCCUAAUAUUGUAAUUCUUGAGACUGAAUCAUAUGAUCGAUCACUGCCUAUUUUUUAA